CUAGUGAUUCUUUCAGAAGCUAAUUUAACAUCGACGAAAGUUGUAAUUUAAUAGAAGGAAGUCUUAAACGUUUUAAUUGUAUUUGCCAAUCUGGUGGGAAAAAUGUCUGCUCAAAUUUUCGUCACUCUUUUUCUUCUACAAGUAUGGCUUAUUACUCAGAUAUGUGGAGACGAUUUAUCGAAUACGUAUACAGAAUAUGAUUUAUCAACACAUCCUUGUAAAAGAAAAUGUGUAGACAAUGGCAAACCAAUGGAUUGUUAUUACAAAUUUGAAGUAUCUCAGUACAGUACGAUGAGCAGAGCAUGCUUCGGCUGUCCCAAUAAUAUAACCGAUUGUUUUGAUCCCCAAUGUCUACCUGCUGAUGGACUUAAAAAGGCAGUAGUUGUUGUUAACAAACAACUUCCAGGUCCUAUGAUUGAGGUUUGUAAGGGGGAUAGAAUUAUUGUGGACUUAAAAAAUACUAUGCCAGCCGAGAGUACAAGUGUUCAUUGGCAUGGUAUACUCCAACGCGGAACACCAUUUAUGGAUGGAGUCCCCCACGUUACUCAGUGUCCAAUUUCACCUGGUCAAACUUUUCGAUAUAACUUUCUGGCUGCAAAUGCUGGCACAAAUUUCUGGCAUUCUCACACGUUCGAACAGAGAGCCGAAGGAAUGUUUGGAGGUUUGAUUGUUCGGGAACCUGUAAAUAAUGAUUUAUACGAUGUCGAUGAACACGUAUUGAUCUUGAAUGAGUGGACAGAGAGACCAACUUCUGAAACUUAUGUACUUGAAUAUUGGAAUGAAGUUUUCCCUGAACCUUACAACAUCCUGAUAAAUGGUCUUGGUCCAUUUCCACCAACAAAUACGACAACUCCUCGGACCGUUAUUAAAGUAGAAAAGGGUAAAAGAUACAGAAUGCGAAUUAUAUCCAGUACAUCGCACGAUUGUCCAAUGUUAGUGAAAUUUGAUAAUCAUGAGAUGAUUGCAUUCAGUUCGGAUGGAAAUGAUUUUAAACCUGUGAGAGCGGAUACAAUAAGGAUAUUGUCUGGAGAACGAUAUGAUGUCGUUAUAGAAGCCAAUCAAGAUGUAGAUAAUUACUGGAUAAGAGUCAAGGGUGUUGAUGGAGACUGUGAGACUAUUAAUCUACACCAAGUUGCUAUACUACGUUACAAUGGAGCACCUGAAAUCAACCCUAAAUCAGUAAUAACAUACGAAAAUCCCUCUAUCACGGAAGGAAAGCAAAUAAAUCGUUUAAACACAGUAAUGAAUACUAGUUUAAGCAUUGGAACUUUCAAAAGUCUAGCUCCAGACGAUGAGGCUGUAACACGUGAGCCAAAUCAUCAAUUUUACAUCGUAUAUGACUCAUACAGAAUCAACAAAGAAAAGUAUCUAAUGAAUCAAUUAAGGCGGGAAAGAUUUCAGGAUUUGCCCGGCUUCUCUCUACAAACAAUUUUUCAACUGAACAAUAUCAAUUUUGAAAUACCACCGUUCCCAUUAUUGACACAGUUUGAUAUGAUUGAUCAAACAUCAUUGUGCAAUUCUUCUACUGUGGGUGACUGCUUUACUAAAUAUUGUAGAUGUCCUCAUGUUCUACAAGUUGAAUUUAAAAGCGUGGUGGAAUUAGUCAUCGUUGACGAAGGUUUUGUGAAUGUCAAUCAUCCUAUGCAUCUACAUGGCUAUAAAGUCCGCGUAGUGGCAAUGGGAAGAUUAGAGGAAGAAGCGAGCGCUGAGAAAAUAAAACAAUUAGACAAAGAAGGUAAAAUUGAGCGACAACUCACGGGAGCUCCAAUAAAGGAUACAGUUACUGUUCCAUCCAAUGGCUAUACUAUUGUUCGAUUUUACGCUGAUAAUCCGGGUUUCUGGCUGUUUCACUGCCACAUUGAGAGACACGCGCAUUUAGGAAUGGAACUGGUCAUCAAAGUAGGCGAGGCUAAAGAUACCCCAGCGAUACCAAAGGAUUUCCCACGGUGUUGAACCAAGAGAAGAGAUUCUAGGCUCAAUUUACAUAAUUUAAUAUCUAAGUAUAAUAUGUAGUUUUGAAUAGAAAGCAUUAACUACGGCAAUAAAUUUACUCAUUUUGAAA